ACCUACCCCAGCGCGUGGUAAAGCUCCGGCAGCUGGGCGGGACAACGACUGCGCCACCUAGCUGCAGCCAAAGAGUAUCUUCUCCCAAAUGGGGCGUGGCUCAAUCAAUGUCAACGCCCUCAACAGGCUAGGGCGCCAGGGUCUUUGCACCAAAGCACUUCCCAUUCACCUUCCCUAUGAGACGACGUGCAGACCAGACAAUCCCCAAGCGCCGGACGGAGCCAGGUCUCUUUCCCAUUUUCUCCCCUUGGGGGGCCUCCUCAGGGUCUGGGCUGGGCACAUGAAGUUGGGGGUCGGCUGCUCCUUAGCUUCGGACGCCAUGAGCUGCCCCAAUCCUGGGCACGGAUUCCACUUCUGGUGGUAGGGACCCCUUGAUAGUGUCCUCUCAUCAGGAACUGAACCAUUCGGAGCGAUUAUGAGUCACAAAGCCCUAUGGUCUUAGGGAGCACCACAGGGCAGGGUCUGGGGGCCCCCACCCCGAGGCGGGGUGACGCCCGCAGUCACUUCACAAGGCAGAAAUUGUUACCUGGGCAAUAAAAGGCACCGCGGCGGCGGGGGCCCGGGAGUGGGCACAUGGGGGUGCGGGUGUGCAGGUGCCAAGCGCCAUGGGUUAGGCCCGAGAUCGGAGUCCGGCCGCCCCCCGACAGCAGCCGUCUCCUGCUCCCCACGCGCCCCAGGCGCCACCAUGUCGGGCGACAAACUUCUGAGCGAACUCGGCUAUAAGCUGGGCCGCACAAUAGGCGAGGGCAGUUAUUCCAAGGUAAAGGUGGCUACGUCCAAGAAGUACAAGGGCACAGUGGCCAUCAAGGUGGUGGACCGGCGGCGCGCGCCGCCCGACUUCGUCAACAAGUUCCUGCCACGCGAGCUGUCCAUCCUUCGGGGCGUGCGGCACCCGCACAUCGUGCACGUCUUCGAGUUCAUCGAGGUGUGCAACGGGAAGCUGUACAUCGUGAUGGAGGCGGCCGCCACCGACCUACUGCAGGCCGUGCAGCGCAACGGGCGCAUCCCAGGGGGGCAGGCCCGCGACCUCUUCACGCAGAUCGCCGGUGCUGUGCGCUACCUGCACGACCACCACCUGGUGCACCGCGACCUCAAGUGCGAAAACGUGCUGCUGAGCCCUGAUGAGCGCCGCGUCAAGCUUACCGACUUCGGCUUCGGCCGACAGGCGCACGGCUACCCGGAUCUAAGCACCACAUAUUGCGGCUCAGCCGCCUACGCAUCGCCCGAGGUACUCCUGGGCAUCCCCUAUGACCCCAAGAAGUACGACGUGUGGAGCCUGGGCGUCGUGCUCUACGUCAUGGUCACCGGGUGUAUGCCCUUUGACGACUCCGAUAUCGCUGGCCUGCCCAGGCGCCAGAAGCGCGGCGUUCUCUACCCUGACGGCCUCGAGCUGUCUGAACGCUGCAAGGCCCUGAUCGCCGAGUUGCUGCAGUUCAGCCCCUCGGCUAGGCCCUCCGCCGGCCAAGUAGCGCGCAACGGAUGGCUGCGUGCUGGGGACUCCGGUUAGAAGCCGGGGUUCCCACUAUUCCCGCCGCCCCGAGCACUGCGCAAGCGCAGCGUACGCGCAAGAAGCGCACUUCCGGAGUUCUGCGAAGCCGCCGCGCACCGCUGCGCACGCGCCCUUCCCCUCAUCCCAAUUCUUUCGACGUCGGGGGCCUCGGUGGCCCUUGUUCGGAAUCUAGCUCCUCCUCCACAAUCCCAAGAGCGGGAGGGCUCAUGCCCUUCCUCUAUACCCCAAGAGAAGGCCCAGAGAGGGACCCGGACGAGAGGAGAGAGAAAUUUUGCGCCAUGCGGAAUGAGCGACGGCUACGCGGGGGACGGUGCCUGCUUAGAGCAACUGCUGGCGAGCGGUCGUCCGCGGAGAGCCUCGGUCCCCAGCCAAACGCGCAUGCCAGUGAGGGAGGGCGCGCUGCAGGUGCUGCCUCCCUUGGAAUUUGCAAUAAACUCGCUCUUUCUAGCACCUGGCUCUAGCAAUGGCCCGCUUUUAUGGAGCAUAGCGGGAGGGGAUCCCUCCCUGGGGACAGGCUUUCUAUUUUAGGAAAAGGCUUGUGGAGGUUCUUGCUCUAAGAAAAAAGGAGUUGGGAGGAUUUGAACCCCUGCCUUUUGGGCUUCCCACCUUAGGCAGACUUGAAGGGGCUUUGGAAUCAUCUCCAGUGUGACGAUGGUCCUGGGAAUGGAGAUGAUGAACUGGGAAGCAAAAGGACCCCAGCACCCUUUUGGUGUUUAAGGGUGGACCGGCGAGGGGUAGGGGCCGCCUGUCUCUACAGAAACUGAGCAUUUCCAAAAGAGGAAAUUGAGGCCCAGACAGGUAUCACUUGCCCAAGAACAACUGAGAUUUGCACCUGGAUGUGUAAGAAGUGUGGCAGGGAGGUGGAGGAAGCUCUCCUUAGUGAGGGCCCCUUGUUUGGUGAGGGUAGGAGUCUGUUUGUUUGUUUGUUUGUUUGUUUU